UUCAAUGCAUACUUAAAUAUUUCGUCAAGCCAAACCCAAGAAUCCCAAAACAUUCUUCCACACUUUCCAUCUCUCUCGCCAAACAUUCUCUUUCGCUCUCUGAAAAAUUUAAUGCUAUUCUAAUGGCUCCUUUCACCUCUUUCUUCUCCAUCCUCACCUUGUUCUUGUGCUAUGCCCCUUUGAAGUACUCCGCCACCAUCAUUCCGUCAACCAACUCUACAAAGCGCCACCACAAAUGGGUUGGACCCUCCGGUCACCUGUUCAUCACCGUCGACGCUCGCGGCACCGGUGACUUCUUGUCUGUCCAGGCCGCCGUCGACGCGGUGCCUGAUAACAAUACCAAGAACGUUCUCAUUAAAAUCAACGCCGGAUUCUACGUAGAGAAGGUGGUGGUGCCGGUGACAAAGCCAUACAUCACGUUUCAAGGAGACGGGAGGGACGAGACGAUGAUAGAGUGGCAUGAUAGAGCAAGUGACCGCGGCACCAAUGGCCAACAGCUGCGUACUUAUAGAACUGCUUCUGUCAUUGUUUUUGCUAAUUAUUUUUCUGCUAGAAACAUCAGCUUCAAGAAUACAGCACCGGCACCGAUGCCGGGGAUGCAGGGAUGGCAGGCGGCAGCAUUCCGAAUAUCGGGGGACAAGGCCUACUUCUCCGGCUGCGGUUUCUAUGGUGCACAAGACACUCUCUGCGACGACGCCGGACGGCAUUAUUUCAAGGAGUGUUAUAUUGAGGGCUCUAUAGACUUCAUUUUUGGCAAUGGUCGCUCCAUGUACAAAGACUGCGAACUGCACUCAAUAGCCACGAGGUUCGGUUCCAUAGCGGCGCAAGAUAGGAACUCGCCCGAUGAAAAAACCGGGUUCGCAUUCGUGGGCUGCAAGGUGACUGGCAGAGGCCCACUCUACGUGGGUCGGGCCAUGGGCCAGUUCUCCAGGAUAGUCUACUCAUACACGUACUUUGAUGAUGUGGUGGCACAUGGGGGGUGGGAUGAUUGGGACCACACCAGCAACAAGAACAAGACUGUAUUUUUCGGAGUGUACAAGUGCUGGGGCCCAGGAGCAGAGGCAGUGAGGGGGGUGACAUGGGCCAGAGAGUUAGAUUUUGAGACGGCCCAUCCAUUCCUUGUAAAGAGUUUCGUCAAUGGAAGGCACUGGAUUGCACCCUCUGAUGCUUAGCUGUUACUGCAUUAGAUGCUACACCUACACUUGCCUAAAUUUUCAUUCAUCAUAAAUAUUAUUUCAUGUGCAUUUCAAAAUUCAUUUAUUUGUUGAUUUUCCACCAUUAUACUACUUUCAUAAUUGUAAUACUCAAUUCAAUUCAUAUGUAUUUCCUUUGGUUGAUGUGUGUUAUCUGAAUUUGGAAGUUGGAAUGGGAAAAUAUCAAUAAAAAGUCAAAUUUUUUGUUCUUUCA